GCAGCCCCGGGCCGGCCGCCCCAUGCACCCUCCCGGCGCCCCGCUCGCCAUGGCCGAGGGCGCCUUCUCGCUGUCGGCUCCGGCGGCGCGCAGCCCCGGGGGGAACCCGUCGAGGCUGCACAGCAUCGAGGCCAUCCUGGGGUUCACCAAGGAUGACGGCCUCCUCGGCGCCUUCCCGCCCGACGGCGGCGCCGGCAGCGCCAAGGAGGCGGCGGACAAGCGGGGGUCGCGGCAUUGCCUCCCGAAGGGGCCCGCGGAGCCGCCGCCGGCAGAGCACCAGGGCCGCUUCCAAGAGCCGUACUGCCCGGGCAGCGCCAGCCCCGAGCUGCCCGCCGGCGACGGCGGCGAGGGGAAGCCGUCGGACGAGGAGCAGCCCAAGAAGAAGCACCGGCGGAACCGCACAACCUUCACCACCUACCAGCUCCACGAGCUGGAGCGCGCCUUCGAGAAGUCGCACUACCCCGACGUGUACAGCCGCGAGGAGCUGGCCAUGAAGGUCAACCUGCCCGAGGUCCGCGUGCAGGUCUGGUUUCAGAACCGUCGGGCCAAGUGGCGGCGGCAGGAGAAGCUGGAGGUGAGCUCCAUGAAGCUGCAGGACUCGCCCAUCCUCUCCUUCAGCCGUUCCCCGCAGGCGGCCCCGGUGGGCGCGCUGGGCGGCAGCCUGCCGCUGGAGACGUGGCUCGGGCCGCCCGUGCCCGGCGGCGCGGCCCUGCAGAGCCUGCCCGGCUUCGCGGCCCCUCCGCAGGGGCUGCCCGCCAGCUACACACCGCCGCCCUUCCUGAACUCUCCGGCCGUGACCCACGCGCUGCAGCCCCUGGGGGCCAUGGGGCCGCCGCCUCCCUACCAGUGCGGGGCCGCCUUUGUGGACAAGUUCCCCCUGGACGAAGGGGACCCGCGCAACACCAGCAUUGCCGCCUUGCGCAUGAAGGCCAAGGAGCACAUCCAGUCCAUCGGCAAGCCCUGGCAGACCAUCUGAGCCCCCCCUCCUGGUGCUGAGACGCAGCCGCCGGUGCCGGGAGGCCGUGGGACGCCCCCGACCCGCUCCGCUGCCGACAUCACCCCGCGUCCCGGCUUGCUUUGUAUUUUCUGGUCCCCCAGAACCCCCUUUGCCGUGUGCCCCGCGGAGCUGGGGCCGAGCUGUAGCUUAGGAAAAGCUCUCCCACUCUCCCUCGUUGGCUGGAUGCUUUAGUCGCAAUAAAAGCUGCAGUAGGGCACGGAGCUGCAUGGAGUGCCUGGGAGCUGCGGCCUGCAGGGUCCGGGGAGGGUCCUCUGCUUUGCGCCAUUCAGCGGCAACGCUGGCGUGCCGGGUGUGUGCACCAAGGGGCUGCCAGGGCUGCCGCCCCCCAGGGUCCUCCUGCCCCCCAGCGUGGCCGCGGUGCUCCCUCAGCCGCCGUGGGGCUCUGCCGGGGCCAGGGCCCAGUGGUGCUUGCCAUCCUCGCACAGUUUUGCAGGGUGGCCUGGGGUCUGAAUGUGCUUUGCCACCCCACCCUGUGCUUCUGGCCCCCACCACCCCCAAGAGAAGGGCACUGUCAGGUCCUGCAAGCCGUGUGCCCCUGUCCCGGCAGCUGCAAUGAGAGGGGCACGGCUGCGCUGCGGGGCUGAGCACUGAGGGGCUGGGAGCUGUGGGGCUGAUCCCUGAGGGGCUGGGAGCUGUGGGGCUGAGUGUUGCGGGGCUGAAUGCUGAUGGGCUGAGCACUGCGGGGCUGAGUGCUGCAGGGUUGAGCACUGAUGGGCUGAGUGCUGUGGGGCUGAGCGCUGUGGGGCUGAAUGCUGCAGGGUUGAGCUCUGAGGGGCUGAGUGCUGAUGGGCUGAGAAGCGUGAGAUCAAGCACUGCAGGGCUGUGUGCUUUGGGGCUGUGUUGCGGGACAGAGCACUGUGGAGCUGAGUGCUGCAAGGCCGAAUGUUGCAGGGCCGAACGCUGUGGGGUUGAGCAUUGGGCUGAGUGCUGUGGGACUGAGUGUUGCAGGCUCAAGCGCUGAGGAGCUGCAUGCUGUGGGGCUGAGAGGUGUGAGAUCAAGUGCUGCGGGGCUGUGUGUUGUAGGACUGAGUGCUGCGGAGCUGAGGGCUGUGGGGCUGAGUGUUGCGGGGCUGAGCACUGUGGGACCAAAUGCUUCGGGGCUGAGUGUUGCAGGACCGAGCAAAAUGGGGCUGAGCACUGCCAGGCUGAGCACUGUGGGGCUGAAUGCUGUGGGGCUGAGUGCUGUCAGGGCGCGGGGCUGUGCUCAGCCCCUGCAGCACAACACCCGUCCUGAGCCGCCUCAGCUAUAACUGCAGCAUCCCUUUUUUUCCAUUAUCUCCGUUACUGCCCAUAAUGGGGCUGAGAAGCUGUAAUGAAACUGCCCUUCUCCUCCGCUGGGCACGGGGUGCUCUGCACACUCUGGAGGUUGUGGCAAUUAACGUUUCUCAUUAGGGAAAGGAGAAGGAUGCACAAGCGCCCUUAUUGUGUCCCAGGGACGAUUCAAUGCCAGCCAGGAGGCCUUUCCAUUCACCAUUUCCCACUCGUUGUGACCAGACAAAGGCUGGCUUCUAAUUAUAUUUUCACAAUCUGUGCAUAUCUUUAAGAGCCCUGUCAGGAGCAAGCAUGUCAGCUCCGCUCAGCUUCACUUCGGGGAGCUCUUUAACCUCAGACAGCAGUUUCUAAGC